UUUUUUUUUUUUUUUUCUUUCUUCGUCGCAAGCGAUCGCAAACACUUACACUAUCGGAUAUCACUUAUACAAGAUAGCGCAACGGCUACCUAACGAGCCAGCAGCUCUGACGGUGUUUCGUAAGCAGUAAUCGGAGCCCAAAUCCCCCCGUCGGGGGCUAGUUAUCUCUUAUCUCCGGGCCAGGCGGAUAUGGUGGAUGGAUGUAUGCUGACGGGAUCGCUCUUAUUCCCCAGUGCUGUGCUCUAGGAGACAGUCCCCUGGACGUCGACCCUGCAGAUCAUAGGCUCAGGGACAGGACGGAAUCACUCAACCCCGUUGGCUUAACAAUUUUGAUUGAUAAGAUCAACUAUUCCCGGUCUUUAGGGGAUGGAAAUCGGCAAUAACAAUAACAACCCAAUACGAAAUCUCGCAUUGGUAGCCGGCAAGGUUGACGCAAUGCUGUCAUGCUCAUCUCAAUGCUACGCUACAUGCCUGGUAGCGUCGCCUUUAACACUAAGCGCGAGCCUCCAGUCUGCUUAGCUCAUUAUGGACGAUUUUAUUUAAUAUCCUUCUCGGACCUCUUGGAUCGUUUACCGAUAUGUCUUUGUUCCAAUGCUUCGCGCCCCGGACCUGGGAAAGUAGAAAUACCUAUUCGAAUAACUAUGGGACGUCUUAUACGUAUUCUGUCGCGGGCUACGGCGAAGCCGUAUAAGACUGCCGAGCUGGAGUUUGAAGAACGCCCGUACCUCAACUCCAAUGGACACGUCGAUUUCGAACCCGACGAUAUCGAGAAUCCCCAUAACUGGUCUAAACCCAGGCGAUGGUACGUGACAAUAUGCGCGGUUUUACUUGUUGUGAACGCUACUUUUGCAUCGUCGGCCCCUUCCGGUUGCUUUGGUAGCAUAUCUAAAGAGUUCGACAUCUCAGACGAAGCGGCAGGACUCACUAUAACCCUCUUCCUGUUGGGUUAUUGCGCCGGACCUCUAAUCUUUGCCCCCCUAUCGGAGUUCUACGGAAGAAGAUGGAUCUUUUAUAGCACCUUCUUGCUGUAUAUCUCGUUUAAUUUCCUCUGUGCUUUCGCGCCAAACUUCGGCAGCUUGCUCGUCGGCAGGUUCCUCACCGGCACAUUUGUUAGCGCUCCGCUUAGCAACAGCCCCGGCGUGCUCGCGGACCUAUGGGGUCCGGCCGAGCGCGGUUUCACCAUGGCCGUCUUCUCGUGCAUGGUUUGGGUAGGGCCAGCCCUUGGACCGGUCGUCGGGGGCUUCCUCGAGCUUACGAAGAACUGGAGAUGGAGCUUUUAUGUUUUGCUGUGGCUCGGCGGUGCUACGGCGAUUCCCAUGUUCACCAUCCCCGAGACGUUCGGUCCCAUGAUCUUAGUUCAUCGAGCUCGUCGCAUAAGGAAGGCGAAGGUUCCUGGUUACGAAAAUGUCAAGGCCCCGGUCGAGGAGAGCGAUCGCUCGUUAGUAGGGAUCUAUAAGGUGGCGUUGACGAGGCCGUGGAUCAUCCUUUUCGAUCCUAUCUCCUUCUUAUGUGCCGUUUACAUGUCUGUCGUGUACAUGUUGCUCUACAUGCUAUUCACCAUCUACCCGAUCGUCUUCCAGCAGAGACGAGGGUGGAACGCCGGAGUUGGAGAGCUCCCCUUAAUCGGGACCGUUAUCGGCUCCUUCAUCGGCGCUAUUAUCGUCUUCUUCGAUUCCAAACACAAGACCAAGAAGAUGCAGAGGGGGAUACCCAUAAAACCUGAAGACAGGCUGACUCUGGCCCUCAUCGGCGGCGUUCUUUUUCCCGUUACCAUGUUUUGGUUCGCGUGGACCGCCGAGUUCAACUCAAUCCAUUGGAUCGUUCCGACGAUCGCUGGCGUAUUCUUGGCGACUUCGCUCAUGCUUAUCUUUGUGGGAUAUUUGAAUUAUCUGGUCGACUCCUACUUGAUGUACGCCGCGUCCGCUAUCGCCGUAAAUACUGUCUGUCGUUCGGCUUGCGGCGCUGCGGCGCCGUUGUUUACCAACUACAUGUUUGAAGCGCUCGGAGUCGGCGGCGGAGGCUCCUUAAUCGGUGGCGUCGCAACGUUGCUAGCGGUGAUUCCCUUCGCCUUCUACAAGUAUGGCGAACGUAUCCGUGCCCGCUCGAGGUUCGCGCCCACCGGUCCUAAGAAACCUGACGAAGAAGAAGCGCAGCAAGCCGAAAGCGAGAAGCACGUAGCGCGUAGUACCGACCAUUCGCCACAGUUGUUAGAAUCGUCUAGCACGAUGAACGAUGAGGAGGCGCAUGAUUCGCAGGUUGAGAAAAGGGAAAGUCGAGACGAUGUACAAAACGCCUUAGGGGAGCCGAGAGACGAGAACAAAAGUUUCGGGAGACAAGCGUAAGACCGCGUUCACCUUAGGCACCUGGUAUAGAACGUACAAGGUUUAAAGUGCCUAUCUAUUAGACUAUUAGGUAGGCAGCUACGUAUAAAUACAGUUCAAAUUCAAGAUA